AUGAAAGUUCUAACACUUAUCUUGGGUUGCACUUUAGUCACCAUUUCCUUCGUGAAGUACGCCGAUGGUGUUGCUUGCACCUCGACUGAUCCCGAUACCCCAACUGGUUGCACGGAUUGCUCCCUGGCGGCGAAUGCUUCGGCUGACGAUUGUACAACCACCACAACGACAACAACUACAACAACAACGACCGAGUCCUCUGGAUCUGCAUCCUCCGAUGGCUCCACAGAGGCGUCCACGGAGUCAAGCUCAGACUCCACUUCCACAUCCACGACAGCCUCCAGCUCUAGCUCCAGUUCCAGUUCAAGCUCUAGCAAUGCCGCAGCUCUGGCUAGCCUAAGGCGUAGGAUUCAACAGAUGAGACGUCUACAGCGUCUUAGGACUGCCAGAAGGAGGGCAAUUGCUGCCAAGCGUCGCGCUGCUGCCAGGAGGAGGGCUGCUUUGAUGAACCGCAGAGGCUAA